AUGAGUAAGCAAUGGCAGGAAAUCGACAUUUGGCCUACAAAGUAUCUUGUAAAAUAUUACUGUCCAUCAGAUUUUAAAACAAAAUUUCCAAAUACUAGAGUGAUAAUAGAUGGCACAGAGUGUCCAAUUAAAAGACCAAAGUUACCAAAGCCACAGCAAGCAACGUACUCUACCUAUAAAAACCGUAACACGGUAAAAGUUCUUGUAGGAGCGACACCAGGUGGAUUAACAUCUUAUAUUUCUACAGCUUAUGGGGGAUCCACAAGUGACCGUCAAAUAGUUGAAAGAAGUAGGCUGUUAGAAAUGUGCAAUUCUGGAGAUUCAAUAAUGGCGGACAAAGGUUUCAAUGUGCAGGAUAUGUUUGUACACAGGAACAUUCAAAUAAAUACACCAACAUUUUUCAAAAAGAAAAACAGAAUGUCAUGUGCUACUGUGAUUGAGGACCGAAAAAUAUCCAGCAAACGUGUGCACAUUGAGAGGAUCAUUGGACUUGCAAAAACAUUCAAAAUUCUGAAGCCUAUAAAAGUUCUGAAACAAAACUUUCUUCAGAAAUAA